AUGGAUUCAGCAUCUCCUUCAAUUACAAUUCAAUAUAUUGAAACAUUUAUAAAAAUAACACCAAAAGAAAAAUUAAAAUCAACAUUAGGAAACCCAAUAAAUUCCAACUUUAACAAUGAUUGCAAGUAUGAUGAUAGUGAUGAUGAUGAUGAUGAACAACGUUUUUCUAAAUUAAUAGCAUAUCAAAUUCAAGAAUAUUAUAGUAAUAGAAAUAGAAUACCACGGAAAGUAUUCUAUAAAUCAAAAAGUGGUCAAAUGGUUCAAUUAAUUCACAGUAGUUUUUUCAAAAGAUUUGAUAAACAACCUGAAGAUAAUAAUAAUAAUAAUAAUAAUAAUAAUAAUAAUAAUAAUAAUAAUAAUAAUAAUAAUAAUAGUUGUAGGUCUAAUGAUGAUAAUGAUGAACAUAAAAUCUUUAUAAAGAAAUUAUUGGAUGAAUAUUAUUCGAUAUUUUGUAAAGAUAGAUCAGCCAUUUUAUAUUAUUAUUAUUAUGAUGGAUUUAAUAAUAUCAAUUUAGAAAAUAAAAGUUUAUACAGUGUAGAUUUAGAAGAAUAUUAUGAAUCAUUUAGAUUUGGAAUUCCAACAUUUGACUUGGUUGGCCAUUUUCUUUGUGACUACCUUAACUUUUCAUCAUUGAUAGAUAUCAUGGAAUAUCCAUAUAAAAAGUCAAUUAAUAUUUUAUUCUCAAACUGUACAGAUAGAUUAAAAAGAUUCGAGAAUACUAUUGACCAUAAAAACAACUAUUAUUCCUAUUUCGAGAAUUUAGAAUUAUUAAAACAUUUUGAAGGAUUAACACUCAAAGUUCCAUCAACAUCAAGACUUGGUGGAUACUUGCAACACUAUACUAGAGGUGAUAAUUUUUAA